CACAAAAUCGUUGAAAUGACGACAAAAUGUUUUUAUUUGUGAUUUAAAUACGAUUUUAAUUCAAUUAUUUAUUCAAACAUUUUUGAUGACAAUUAAAGUGAUAUUUGACUGAACACAACACCACAGAUAUGGAUGAGUUAGAGAAACUACAAGAGCUAUCAUUGGUGUCGAAGAUAUGUACAGAACUGGAGAAUCACUUGGGAUUCAAUGACAAAGAUAUGGCAGAGUUUAUCAUAAAAUUGGCCGAAAGUAACAACACUUUUGAUGACUUCAAACAAGUUCUUAACCAAAACGGCGCAGAAUUUAGUGAUUCAUUUGUGGCAAAUCUCUUGAGAAUUAUUCAACACAUGAGACCUAAGAAGAGUAAACAAUUGGACAAUGAAAAAGAAAAUGAGAUAAAAUCGAUGGACAAGAAUGACAUACAAUUGAAAAAAGCUUUGUUUCCAUUUCUAGCUCUUCCUAAUGAUCCCAAAGCUAGACAUUUGCUUGAAAAUGAUGACAUCAAAGACUGUGAAUUAGUUGGCGAUAAAGAUAUAAAACAAGAGUUAGAGAAAAAUGAAGAUCAAAAAGUGGCAAACGAUAUGAUGGCGUUGUUUGACUCUAUGGCACCAAAAGCCGAAUCAAAAGAAAGUCACAAAAGCAUUAAAAAGGAGAGAAAAGAUGACGAAAAAACCUCAAGAAGAAAACGAAGUCGAAGUAGAGAUAAACAUAGUUCUCGAAGACAUCGAAGUCGUGACAGAAGUGAUGACAGACACAGACAUAGAAAUAGGAGUAGAGAUAGAAGUCGUGAUAGAAGUCGUGAUAGAAGAAGGCGAAGAAGUAGAAGCGAUUCAAAAGAUAGACAUCGGGAUAGAAGUCGAGAACGAAGACAGAAAUCUCAAAAAGAAGAGAGAGAACGUCAGAUACAAGAGUUACCUUUAGAACCAGUUAUCGGAAACUUAUAUGAAGGAAAAGUUACUAAUAUUAUGCAAUUCGGGUGUUUUGUCCAAAUGGAUGGACUAAGAAAAAGAUGGGAAGGUUUGGUCCAUAUCUCACAAUUAAGACGUGAAGGAAGAGUUAAUAAUGUUAAUGAAGUGGUUCAGAGAGGACAGAGAGUUAAAGUAAAAGUACUUUCAUUUACCGGACAAAAAACCAGUCUCUCUAUUAAAGAUGUGGAUCAGGAAACGGGUGAAGAUUUAAAUCCUUCUCGGGAUAGAAAGGAUCCAAACGAUGAUUUGUUAAAUUCCCGAAAUCCUGACCGACCCUUAACUUUGCCAUUGGCCGGAGUAAAUAAUACCGUCGAUGAUGAAGAUGUAGAUACUCGAAGACGUAUUGUUCAAAGGAUAUCAUCACCAGAGAAAUGGGAAUUGAAGCAAAUGAUGUCAGCAAAUGUUUUAGACAAAUCAAUGUUACCAGAGUUUGAUGACGUGAACGGACUAUUGCCUAAUGAAGACGAAGAUGACGAUGAAGACAUUGAAAUAGAGUUGGUUGAAGACGAUCCAGCAUUUCUUAAAGGUCACGGUAGAGCUAAUCUAAUGAAUUUAAGUCCCGUACGUAUUGUUAAGAACCCGGACGGCUCAUUAGCGCAGUCGGCUAUGAUGCAGUCGGCACUCGCUAAAGAAAGACGGGAAGUCAAACAACAACAGAGAGAAUCAGAGAUGGAAGGCGUUCCCUCCAAUUUGAACAAGGAUUGGAUCGAUCCUAUGCCUGACAACGAUACCCGACCAUUAGCUGCUAAUAUGAGAAGUGCCGGUCCUGGCGUUAUGGAUGUGCCCGAGUGGAAGAAACACGUGACUGGAGGCGCAAGAGGCUCCUAUGGAAAGAAGACUCAAUUGACUUUAGUUGAGCAAAGAAUGAGUCUUCCGAUCUAUACGUUUAAAGACCAACUUAUAAAAGCUAUUUUCGAUAACCAAAUACUUAUUGUUAUCGGAGAAACCGGUUCGGGAAAGACAACUCAAAUGACUCAAUAUUUAGCUGAAGCCGGUUAUACAGCGCGUGGAAAGAUUGGUUGUACUCAACCCAGAAGAGUAGCCGCGAUGUCUGUAGCUAAACGCGUAGCUGAAGAGUAUGGUUGCCGUUUGGGACAAGAAGUCGGAUAUACUAUUCGUUUUGAAGAUUGUACGAGUCCUGAGACUGCCAUCAAAUACAUGACAGAAGGUAUGCUUCUUAGAGAAUGUCUACUCGACGGCGAUAUGAAGCAGUAUUCAGUGAUUAUGUUAGACGAGGCACACGAGCGCACCAUUAAUACAGAUGUAUUGUUUGGUUUGCUUAAAAAUACUGUUAAAAAGAGACCAGAAAUGAAGUUAAUCGUGACAUCAGCCACUUUAGAUGCCGUCAAGUUUUCACAAUAUUUUUUUGAAGCGCCUAUUUUUACAAUACCUGGCCGUACAUAUCCCGUUGAAAUACUUUAUACAAAAGAUCCCGAAACUGAUUAUUUAGACGCUUCACUCAUUACUGUUAUGCAAAUCCAUUUGACGGAACCGCCGGGAGAUAUACUAUUAUUUCUUACCGGUCAAGAAGAGAUUGAUACGGCGUGUGAAAUACUAUACGAAAGAAUGAAAUCGUUGGGUCCAGAAGUACCCGAAUUGAUUAUUCUGCCCGUGUAUUCAGCUCUUCCCAGUGAAAUGCAAACCCGUAUCUUUGAACCGACACCUCCUGGUUCUCGAAAAGUAGUUAUUGCCACAAACAUUGCCGAAACCUCACUAACUAUUGAUGGCAUUUAUUAUGUGGUGGACCCGGGAUUUGGCAAACAAAAUGUGUAUAACUCUAAAACAGGAAUGGACUCUCUUAUUGUAACUCCUAUAUCUCAAGCACAGGCCAAACAAAGAGCUGGUCGUGCGGGUCGUACCGGACCCGGAAAGUGCUAUCGAUUAUAUACAGAGCGCGCCUAUAGAGAUGAAAUGUUGACUACAGCCGUACCUGAAAUACAGAGAACAAACUUAGCUGAAACUGUUUUACAAUUGAAAGCUAUGGGAAUCAAUGAUUUAUUAUCUUUUGAUUUCAUGGACGCACCACCAACUGAAACAUUGAUUAUGGCAUUGGAAUCGUUGCAUUCAUUGGGAGCAUUAGAUGAUGAAGGAUUGCUCACUGUUUUAGGCCGACGUAUGGCAGAGUUUCCAUUGGAGCCCAGACUCUGCAAAAUGUUGAUUAUGUCAGUGAAGUUGGGCUGUAGUGAUGAGAUACUUACAAUUGUAUCCAUGCUUUCCGUGCAAAAUGUAUUUUACAGACCUAAAGACAAGCAGGCAUUGGCCGACCAGAAGAAGGCUAAGUUUAACCAACUGGAAGGCGACCACUUGACACUUCUUGCAGUGUAUAACUCGUGGAAAAAUAAUAAGUUUUCUAAUCCGUGGUGUUAUGAAAACUUUGUUCAGAUUAGAACUCUUAAGAGAGCACAGGAUGUUCGCAAACAAUUGCUUGGAAUUAUGGACAGACAUAAGUUAGAUGUCAUUUCUUGUAAUAAAAAUACGGCUCGCGUUCAGAAAACCAUUUGCAGUGGAUUUUUCAGAAAUGCCGCCAAAAAAGACCCACAGGAGGGGUACCGAACACUUGUCGACUCACAAGUUGUUUAUAUUCAUCCAUCGAGUUCUUUGUUUAAUCGACAGCCAGAAUGGGUUGUAUAUCAUGAACUAGUGAUGACUACCAAAGAGUAUAUGCGUGAAUGUACUACAAUUGAUCCCAAAUGGUUGGUUGAAUUUGCUCCCAGUUUCUUUAAGUUUGCUGAUCCAUCCAAACUUAGUAAACAUAAGAAACAACUCAGAUUGGAACCGCUUUUUAAUAAAUAUGAAGAACCAAAUUCUUGGAGAAUAUCAAGAGUUAGACGACGAAGAAAUUAAUAAAUAAUAACUAAAUUAUUAUAAUUGAUAUUAAACUUUAUUUAGAAUUAACUUUAUAU